UUGAAGUUUUCCCAAGCAGACUAGACGUAGGACUCCUUAGCCCGUAAGCAUCCUCCGAAACCUCCCAAAAACCUUGCAGCGCUCCAUUUUUUUAUUUUUAUCUACUCGAUUUAUAAUCUCUGCUUAGAGAUACACUCGAACUCACAAUCAUCCCAACAGGAGCUUUUUGGAAAACUUUGAUUGCUUUCUUGUCAGAAUUUGGUGGAUAUCAUGAACAAUUAAUUAGAGGCUUGCUCCGACUACAACCAACAUGGAAGUGAAGGAUUGGAGAGAUCGACUAUCACCAGAGUCUCGAGAAAGGAUCGUGUGUAGGAUCAUGGAUAUAUUAAAGAAGCAGAUUCGAUCUUCUGGGAGAGACGGAUUAUCUCAAAUUAAGACACUUUCUGAGAAUUUUGAGAAGAAGAUUUAUGAGUCUGCCACAGAUGAGAAUGAUUAUUUGAAGAAGAUAUCGGCGAAGUUGCUGACUGUUGAAGAGAAAUUGAGAAAUUGUCCGAGUCUAAUUCUUUAUUAUCAAAGUCUUAUUCUGGUGAAACUACAGCAUCCCGCAGUAUUCAGUCCCAAGUGGAUAAGCAUCGGCGAUUGCUUUCUCUUCAUUCUUAUCAGUACCAACAUCAAUUAUCACCGAGCACUCAGAACAACAUUGCACCUUGUGGAACUUCUUCCAGCUUACCAUCUUCAGGGCAUCCUCUCAGUGAUUUAAUUGAGACUCCUAUGCCGAAUGCUGCCACUGAAGAUUCCAACUUGCAGCGUACCUCUAGAAUUUCGCAAAUGGCAGCUGAAUGGUCAGCGGGACAUGGAAUAUAUUCUGAUGUUUCUCUCAAUAAUCCAAUUCAGGUUCAAGGAAGGAAACAUCCACGGCAGGUGGUUGUCCAACAGAACCACCAACAACCUCAGAAGUUACAGCUAGAUUCUUGUCAACUGCCAUUACAACCCCGGCUUUCAAAGCCUUCAAAAAAUGAUUUUGUUUCACCCUCACACUUGCAAGUUCAUGGCCAGGAAGGACAAUCAGGGCAGCAAAAUGAUCAGAAACUCUCGCGACCUAAUCAAAUGCAGUCUUGUCAGCUAUCUGUCACGCAAACUCCCUUUACACGGCCUUCUGAGACACAAUCAUGUGUAGUUUCUGACCAUCUGCAGUAUCAGCAGCCUUCCUGUCAACAAUCAUUACAACCUCUGCUUAUGAGACAUCCACAAAGGCAACUGCAAAAAACACAUCAGGCUCCUGUUACCCAUAAACACAAAUCACCAAUGCGAGAUCAGAUACCAUCAAUAUCACAUCAGCAACCGCAAUCAAUAAAUCAAAAUAUGGCUGAUACUUAUGUAGCACAGAAUCAGCUAAUUGGGCAACAACAUCUUGCCCCUGACUCACUGCAGCAACAGCAAAUGUUACCAUUCCUGCAGAACAAGGCUCAAAACAUGCAGCAGGAACCUUUGCAAGGCCAGCAAAACAAUCAGUCAAGUCGACAUCAUCAGAAGUUGGCCCAACAAAGAGAUUUUUCUGUACUAAGGCCGCAACUGAAGCUGCAUGGGAAACAAUGUGGUAAUUAUACCACGCACCAAACUCAGGUUGCGGCAGAGGGGCAUACCCAGAAGACAGCAUCAGCUUUGUUGCCACCUCAAGGGCAACAAUCACAACCACAGCUUCCAGUGAGGGAACUGAUAUCUCAAUCACAGCUCGAAAAAGUGCAACAACCACCAACUCCAUCACAGCCAGAUACAAUGGAAAUUUCUGAAGCAUCAGGACCACUAAAUCUCACAUCUGAGAAACCGUUUGCAAAUAUCGGUGAUUGGCAAGAGGAGGUUUAUCAGAGGGUUGAAAGUUUAAAAAGCAGGUAUUUGAAACAACUUACUGGGUUGCGGCAAACAUUGACUAAUAGGCUCCAGCAGGAUUCUGCUCCUCAUCCAACAAACACAGGCCAAUUAGAGAAAAUUAAUCUUACGUUGAAUCUAAUUAUAGCUUACCUAAAUGUGCCCAAAAGCAAGAUCAUGCCUUCUUAUGCGGAGAAGUUGGAUACACUUCAAAAGAAGAUACUUUGGAUUCUUCAGCUGACUGGAAAAAAGUCUGAUUCUUCACCACGGGAAGGAAAAUUUUUCCCAGAUAUUUACUCUGUUCAGCAGUUGACGCAGCCACAAAUUCAGACAUCUGAAGUGCAUCAACUUGAAAAUCAAAAGAUACCGCCACUGCAAUUUACUAAGUCACAGAGUACUCUAGUAGCAACUGGUACGAGAGAAUUGGCUCAAAAGCCUGAGCUAGUAUUUCAAAAGCCCAACAUGCAGCAACAACUGGUACGAGAGAAUCACCAAAUAUUGCCCCAGCAGGCUGCAAAGCCGCAUGCUCAUGCAAAACGACAGAAUCAGUUGAAUGAGGUAAAUGAAUUAAAAGUGAGACUAGGGACGAGUGUUAACAAGUCACAGCAUCAGGAAAAUGCAGUAAAUGACUCGAGAGUUAAAGGAGGGAUGGGUGUCAAAUCAGGACGUAUUUUGCAAAAUCAAUCUGGUGCCAGGUGCUCAGUGUAUAGUUCCCAGCACUCAAAGCCUGGGGCUUCAGUUCCUAUCUCGUCAUCCGAAGUCUCCUGUCAUCCACUAGCUCACCAUUGUCCUCGUAUUGAUGUGCAAAAUCUGCCAACACCUCUUACGGAGGCCGGAACCUGUUUUCAUUCUGCAAAGUCUUGCUCUGCCCUACCUUCUUCCUUGGCUCAACCCUCCAUGUUAGGGAAUUGUGAGAAACCUACUUUUGAUGCUCCAUCACGCUUGAAUACUGGAAAUAUUCGACAUCCCAAUGUACCUGGUUCUCUAGGACCUGGCCAAUCACUUGCCAUCUGCACUCCUGGGAUGUCAGUCUCGCCAUAUCUUGAGGAACUUGAUACUCUGGAUGGCACGAAUUGUAAUAUGGCAACCUUCAAUUAUGAUCAGUCAAGUGUUGCUGAACAGCCUAUUAAGUGCUUAAUUAAUGUGGUGAACUCGAUCUCAUCUAAAGAACUCAGUGCUGCUAUUGGUGACAUUGGAUCAGUGAUUGGUAUUACUGAUUGGAUAUCAAGUUCGCUGCCAGCUAAUGGGUCUAGAGCAGCAAUAGGUGAGGAUUUGGUUGCCAUGACGAAGUCUAGUUUGCAAGCAAGAUAUUUAAAAGGGUGGAAUGAUACAUCUGGAACAAGGAAAAGGAAUCGCUGCACAAAUUGGAUUGCGUCAAAUCCUUCUCCAAUGAAUGAUGGAUUCAGACAGUGGAUUGACUUGGAGAAACCCGAGUUGGAGUCAUCUGCGAUGUCUUGUAUUAAACGGCCUAGGAUUGAGGUCAAGCAUGCUCUGUUGGAAGAAAUUAGGAAAAUAAACCAACAGCUGAUAGACACUGUGGUAGUCAUUAGUGACGAACAUAUCAUUUCAACUGCUGCUGCUGCAACUGGUUGUGGUGAAGGUACCAUUGUCAUGUGCUCAUUCACUGCUGUGGCCGCCUGUCCAAACUUCAAAUCACAGCCUGUUUCAUCUCAGGCAUCACCUAUUCAGCCCUUAAAAUUGCUCGUUCCCGCUAGUUAUCCACACACUUCUCCUGUACUCCUAGACAAAAUGCCAGUGGGAGCAAGAGAGGACCACCAGGACCUUUCAGUAAAGGUAAUAUCAAAGCUCAAUUCAUGCCUCAGAACCCUGUCAAAUCCCUUCUCAGUGGGGGAGAUAGCAAGGAUGUGGGAUUUUUGUGUCCGGGAGGUUGUCCUCGAGUAUGCAGUGCAGAAUGGCGGAGGCAACUUUAGCUCAAAAUAUGGAACUUGGGAGACAUGUCUUGGAGCUGCUUGAAUCAGUCUGCACUUGCAUAUCAUCUACUUGGAAGAUUCCUAUUGAUAUGCACCUAGGUUGGUUUUGCUACAGAUGAUGGAUUUUUUUUUUCCCCUGCUAAUUGUAUCAGGUGCGAUGCUUGUGUAGGGUCUUCUUUAAUUUGUCUGACCAAAUUUUCAAAAGUGUUUUUUUUUUUUUUUUUUUUUAAAUGUAGUUUUGAAGGCGUAAGUGUUUGAGCUUAUUUGUAAUUUUAAUAAAUUAUAAUAUGAGUUUUCAAUC